UAAUCCGAUAAUCAAUCAAUUUCCACUUCUUUCCCCAAGUUCAAGAAUUCAUUUUCUGGGUUUUGAUUCUGUUGCCCUAGCGUUUAUGCCAUAUCUUUGGGAUCAAUUUUUGACGAUUUUGUAUGUAUUGAAUCUACUAUGAUUGCAUUCUAAGACUGCUCUUUUCAAUUUGGAGGAGGGUCUAUUGCGUUCCGCACUGGUAUAAAUUUAGGCAAAUCUGAGUUUCUUCUUGUGGGUUUGAAGAAUGGGACGAUGAAUUUAGCUGCUUUUGUCUAUCCUCUGUCAUGCGCUGUAAUUUGAUAAAUUAUAAUUUUAAAUUUGGGAGAUUAUGUACAGGCAGUAUGGAUCUUUCUUAAAAUUUGAACAAAACCAGUUUUCUUCCCUGUUAGAUAGUGCGACUAUUUUAGCUAAGGCUUGCUUUUCAGUUUUGGUUAUCUGAAAAUGAGUGCGAGAUUGUGAUUAUAGAUCAAAAUUACAAUAUAUGGAUUAGAAACUUAAUGGCAGUUUUUUUUUUCUUGCUUUUUUAGUGGGGGUUGGGGGCUUGCAAAAAUGUCUCUGUUGUCCAAUUUUUUAGUAUAUUAGUUGAUUCUAACUUUAGGUAUGUAAACUGUUCGUGAGUGUUCGGGCUAACAUAUACACACCCGAGACAAUUUAUCUGACCUUGCUACAUCUGGUUUCCAAGUUAACUCAUAGGAUAUUAAAUUCUAGGUAAGUGACCACCAUGAUCUGAAUCCAUUUCCUUUAGCCCUUUACUCUUUACAUGGGUUCUUAUUGACCACUAGGCUAAUCCACGAUGGUUGAUGUUCUAACUAUCAAUUGAAAAUGCAUAUGUUUUUCAUACGUCAGUUCAAUUGAUGUUGAUUUGUAAUCAGACUUUGUUUUACUCUGCAUCCUCGUUAUGCGUCGCAAGUCGUUAGUGUAAUUAAUGGGAAAAAAAUUUAUGUACAAAGAGAGCCCAAGAGAUGUGAUGAGGAGUAUACAAGGAAGGGUAGGGAGAAGUUUUACCAACAUAAACAACUUGAUAACCCAAGAUAGUUUCGUUCUACUCAUUUCGUUGAUGAAGAACAGAGGUUGCAGUUGGAUCCGUGUGAUUGGAAUUGGUAAACAACAUGACUGUUCAUUUGUCUGAAGAUUUGGAAGCUACUACAAGUCAGUCGGAGGCAGCUUUCUAAUAUCUCGAAGCCGGCAUGUUUGUUUUUGAAAACGAGGUCCUCUGUAGGAGGGAGGCAUAACAAUUCUUUUCUCCGAAAGAAGGUGACUGCUCAGACAAUCAGCGUGGAAUUUUUAUCCCUGAUCCGUUAGGGGAGAUUAAAUUUUAUAUUGCAGCUGGAAUGACUUCUUGGAUGUGAUGAAUGGCACUUUUGCAUCCAGUAGCUUACGUGCUGCUUUCUCGCACUGCGUACAGCAGGUGCGAAGCUAUGACUACCAUCACUACCUUUGCCUCCUCGAACUCCCCCCUUCAAUGAGGAAGGCUGCAUUCGCACUCCGAGCAUUUAAUGUCGAAACGUCGAGAGCCAUGGACGUUGCUUCUGAUCCCAGGAUAGGUCUUAUGCGCCUUGUGUGGUGGCAGGAAGCUAUUGACAAAAUAUAUGCCGGUAAAAAGAUUGAACAUCCAAUAGCCCAAGCCCUUUCAUCUGUGGUCUCUGAGAACAAAAUUAGCAAACUGUGGAUGAAAAGGUCUGUCGAAGCUCGGAUUAACGAUGCGAGAUGGGAGGACACCGACAUUCCAGGAACCAUUGAUGAGCUAGAGAAAUAUGCUGAGGAUACUGCAUCAACACUAAUCUACAUGACCCUUCAGGCAGGUGGCAUAAGGUCCACAGUAGCCGAUCACGCAGCAUCUCAUAUUGGUAAGGCAGGCGGGUUGCUUUUGUUGCUCAAGGCAUUACCAUAUCAUGCUACUCGAAAUCGCCAUUCUUCUUACAUUCCCGUUAAAGUGGCUGAAAAUCACGGCUUGUUGGCGAAGCAGGGAGGGCGUUUCGAGAUACAGUUAGACUCAAGAGAGAGCCUAUGCGAUGCGGUUUUUGAGAUGGCUUCUGUAGCUAAUGCUCAUUUGCAGAAAGCUCGAGACCUGGUCGGAACGGUACCGAAGGAGGCUCUGCCUGUACUUUUGCAGGCUGUGCCUGCUCAAGUUCUGUUGGAUUCUUUAAGAAAGGUACAUUUUGAUGUGUUUGAUCCAAGGUUACAACGUGGAGUUCUGGGAGUUCCUCCUUUGUGGUUUCAACUGAGAUUGAAGUGGUCUUCUUGGAGGGGAAAAUAUUAAAUUUAGUUUUAUUUAUUUUUGGGAAACUCAUUUGUUAAACCCAAUUUUGAUCUUAAAUGUUUGGUCUCAUCGAAUUGAGUUUCUAAAUUUAAAUAUGUGAUAGAAAUUAAUACCCUCAAUUAGUUUUC